GCGUUUCUCAAAUUACUUAUUCAGAUCGCAGUGGAAACUAUUGGAAAGUACCUACAGAAUAUUAUUGAAAAUCCUGGAGAAGUAAAAUAUAGAAGAAUAAGAAUGGGCAAUAAAGCCUUUCAGGAACGAGUGGCUUGUGUGAAGGGUGGAGUUGAGUUUCUCAAUGCAGUUGGAUUCAAUGAAGCACUGGAACCUAUGAAAGAUGGAGAUGCUCCUGAAAGUUUUCUUGUUAUUUCUGAGGCCAACGCUAGCGAUACAGGUCGACUUGUCACAGCUUUGUCCAUGUUACGAGAUGGGCAAAGUGUCCCGAUCAAGGUGUCGCGUGAAACUACGAUUUACCGCAUUGGUGAGAAUGAGCGCAUCACAAUGCCAUCUCUACCUCCCGAUUUCUUCGACUUGACUGCUGAAGAAGUGCGUCGUGAACAACAAAUUAAAACGGAGGAAGUUAAUAGAAUGCUUACUCUGCGCACUCGUGAAAUGCGCGAAAGGGAUGAAAUGCAGCGUCAGUUCAGAUACAAAUACACCUUGAUUCGCGUUCGACUUCCAGAUAGAUACGUUCUUCAGGGUACAUUUGGAUGCUAUGAACCACUCUCUGUUGUUCGUGAGUAUAUUUCGAAGCAUCUAUCAAAUCACGCAGCAUUAUUUUCGUUGAAAAACCCUGUGAAAGGGUGUGAACUCCUAGUUGAUGAAACCAAGAGUUUGGCAGCUCUCGGUUUGGCUCCGGCAGCUGNUUUAACGUUCAUCGUUCAGGGUACAUUUGGAUGCUAUGAACCUCUCUCUGUUGUUCGUGAGUAUAUUUCGAAGCAUCUAUCAAAUCACACAGCACUAUUUUCGUUGAAAAACCCUGUGAAAGGGUGUGAACUCCUAGUUGAUGAAACCAAGAGUUUGGCAGCUCUCGGUUUGGCUCCGGCAGCUGUGCUCCACCUUGAUUGGGACGAACCUAACGAUGGUCCUAGUCUAUCACAGGAAUAUAUUGACGCCGCUGUUCCUCUUCCUGCCAGCUAG